AUGGAUCAAGAUCCAGAUCAUAACCCGAAUCAUCACCGACCCAACUUCCCUCUCCAGCUUCUUGAUUCUUCUUCCUCCUCCUCCACUUCCUUAGCCACCAUCCCUUCUUCAACCGAACCUAACUCCGACCCUAACGCUCUCUCCAAGAAACCGCCUCCCAAACGAACCUCCACAAAGGACCGACACACCAAAGUCGAAGGCCGUGGCCGUAGGAUCCGUAUGCCUGCCAUGUGCGCCGCACGUGUCUUUCAGCUCACACGUGAGCUCGGUCAUAAAUCCGACGGCGAAACCAUCGAGUGGCUUCUCCAGCAAGCUGAGCCGGCGGUUAUAGCCGCUACAGGGACUGGAACCAUUCCGGCUAACUUCACUUCUCUUAAUAUCUCACUUCGUAGCUCAAGAUCCUCUCUCUCUGCUGCUCAUCUUCGUACGACUCCGAGCAGCUACUACUUUCAUUCGCCUUCCAUGGCUCAUCAUCAUCAUCAUCAGCAACAGCAACAUCAGGUGCGUCCCAAGAACGAGUCGCAUUCUUCUUCUUCUUCACAGCUCUUAGAUCACAACCAAAUGGGGAAUUAUCUUGUACAAUCAACGGCUGGAUCUUUACCUACGAGCCAAACUCCUACUACGGCGCCGUUUUGGAGUAGUGGUGAUAACACUCAGAAUCUUUGGGCUUUUAAUAUCAAUCCUCAUCAUUCCGGUGACGUUUACAACACGAGCGGUGGUGCUGGUGGCCCCGCCGGAGUAGGAGGAGGAGCAGGAGGAGGAGGAGGAGUCCAUCUGAUGAACUUUGCAGCUCCGAUUGCUUUGUUUUCCGGACAGCCUUUGGCGCCUGGUUACGGAGGAGGAGGAAGCGGAGAACAUAACCAUUACGGAGUUUUAGCGGCGUUAAACGCUGCUUACCGGCCGGUUCAAGAGACGGCGAACCAACAAAACCGUGACGGAGAACAUCAUCACAACCAUCAUCAAGAGGACGGAAGCACAAGUCAUCAUUCCUAG